UACUAUCCUAACCGCUUCACAGUAUUCUUAUUGCUUUUUGUCUGUUGGCGGGUUUGCUGUUCCAUGUCCUUAUCGGUCCCGUUCGGCUGCAAUACCCUUGCAUGGCCCUUCAGAGGGUGGUGAUCGUUGCUCACGUACCCACAUUAUUACCCACAGACUACGUUGGGUAGUCACUGUACGCACAGGCACUGGAGAAUAGCUUUCAAGUACACGACGUCGUUGCAGGGGAACUUUGGCGGACUUUCCCUCUAGGCUGUUGCCCUGGCUUGCCCAGUGCAGCCGAUUGCGUAGGGAACCGGCUCGGUCUGAACUUCGUUUACAUGGCUACUCCUACCACCAUCACCACCACCACCACCACCAUAUGAAUCUUCAUCCACAAAAUCAUUUUACAUCAUCUAGCCUGUAUUUCCUGGUGACUUGCCUGCGACGUCUCUAACCCCCUGUCCCUCUCUCAAAUAGCCGAUACUCCCGUGAAGUCCGGAGUGUGCCGUCGCUCCUCCACAAUAGCAUCGCUGCGACAACUCCCACAAACCAAAGAAGUCAUUGUAUCGACAAAACCGGCCCUCCUCGUUCUCCGAACCAGAAGGCAGUUGGAAAAUGUGGCGAUAAUGUGCUGAACUAGCGCGGGUAAGCAGCAGGAGGUUAUCCCAACAUCCAGAGAGUCCCAAAAUGGGCAACACGCAAACCAAAGAAGCACGUGGGCAGGGCUCCGCUGGCUUGAGAGCUGGCGGCAGCGCCAGCCCAGCUGCACGGCCAGAUGCACAAGGCAGCAAUUCGGAGCCAUCCCUUCGGACCGUGUACUCCUCUCGUCAACAACGUAGAGGAAGUCGACCCGACUUCUCGUUCCUCGGCAUUGGCAGCAACAGUGAUCAAGAUGCCUCAGCGCUCGAGGCCAGGCGAGAGACGAAGCAGGAGAGGGAGGCGAGGAAGGCAGAGAAAGAAAGAAUAGCAAGGCUCAAAGAGCGCGAGCGUAGCAUGAAGGAAGAACAUGUCGACGGAGGUUACCUUGUGACUCAGGGCGUCUACGUUGGCGCGGAGGACUUCAACAAAGGCAUCGUCCGUCAACUUAUGAUUGAGCGCCGAUUGGGCCCCUUUUGGAGGGGGCUGAAUGACUACUCGGACUCAUGGGCAGAACAUCAACUUAUGGCUGCCGCCAGAGGCAUGCCGAUUCCUCCCGCCGAUGUCGUGCCUCCUGAGCUCGAAUAUCGGCUCACUAAGAGGACUACGAAAGAGAAGACCAAAGACUCGUCCUUGAAGAGUUCGACUAUUCCCAUCGGUCCCAGGUCGCAGUCAUUUCAAUCAGAUAGUUCGGCACGCCUAUCGCCCGCUCCUAACUCGCUGCCGCUUCCUUCACCCACUUUGGCUCCGCCUUCAGGUUCUCCAAACAUCAGCAGCUUCAGGACCCGGGCUAAAACGUUAGCCUCCUUGACCACGUCGUCCAGAACGAAUUCGCAGACCGACAUGACGCCUCGAGAGUUUCAAUUGCCCCCAGAUCCCUUCGUCAACGGUCAGCCGAUCGAGGUAUAUCUGUAUAAGGAUGCAAUCGAAUGCCCGAUAUGCUUUCUCUACUACCCUCCGUACCUCAACACCACUCGAUGUUGUGAGCAGCCGAUCUGUUCGGAAUGUUUUGUUCAAAUCAAACGCCCGGACCCACACCCUCCGGAACAUGAGCAGCCCGACCCCAAUGCUCCCCCUGUUUCCGACGCCGAGCGGGAAGCACAAGGGGAAGGACUUCUUGUCUCUGAAAUUGCGACAUGUCCGUAUUGCAAGACCCCAGACUUUGGGAUCACUUAUACCCCUCCGCCUUUCCGAAGAGGGCUGACAUACGGCACCGGGUCUCAACCAUAUCAGGUUAUGUCGGCCAUGUCCUCCCAAACCUCCAUCUCCUCAGGAAACCUGUCUCCAGGGCCAGGCCGAAGGCGCGGGACAUCUCUUUCUGCAAAUGCCCCUGAAGUUAUCACCACGGACAAGAUCCGCCCGGAUUGGGCGACGAAACUGGCAGCCGCUCGUGCUCACGCGGCGCGACGAUCUGCCGCUGCUACUGCUUUGCACACUGCAGCAUAUCUGAUGAAUGGACAGGGCAAUGAGUCUCGAGGCUUUUCGAGUUUCGGCCGACGCAAUAUGCUCAGACGAGCUACAUUGGACAGCGCAGAGAACGGACCCAGCUCGCAUUUGAACGCGCUAGCGGUGUUGGCCGAAAGGCAAGCUGCGCGGCACCAGGAGCAAACAAGUGCAGACUCGCGGAAUCCAUUCCUACCACCACCUCGUAAUAGCAGUUCUCGCAGGAGCCGAAUGGAUGACCUGGAAGAGAUGAUGAUGAUGGAAGCCAUUCGGCUGAGCCUGGCAUCCGAAGAGGAACGGCGGAGGAAAGAGGAGAAGGAAGCACGCAAAGAAGCAAAGAAAAAAGAAAAAGAGAGUAAAAAAGCCGAAAAAGCCGCCCGGAAAAACAGUCUAUUCACUCUGAAUUCCAACGCUAGCAACGGUGACGGAUCUAGCAGUCUGCUGGAGAGGUCUCGCAGUAACCUAUCGCUAGGCCUCGAAGAUGAACCCCCGGCCGGCAAGGGCAAGGCUGUGGAGCGGAGCGAAAGUCCCUCGUCACAACAACCUGGGACUGAAGAGGAGACGCCCCGGCCAUCCUACGUUCCCGGUUUGUCACUCUCUGGUACCAGCCAGGAAUCGGUUGCCUCUUCGAUCCCGGUUCCUCUUGCAGCCGAACCGUUUCGCCGGUCGCAUCUGCGACAGAUGUCCACUGCCUCAUCUGCGUCUUCGUCGUUCGUUGACUCUGGCCCAACGGACGGGUUCGCUGGUUCCGGAACCCCGCCUCCGGGAAGCCUUGAGCCUAUGUUUAAUUUCAGGAGUCUCGCUGCUAUGAUCGGUGAAGAUGAGAAAGCUGAGAGCAGCACGCAUGUAGAACAUGUCGAAAGAAAGCAGUCAACCGCGGGGCCUCAUAACGACCAGGAAGCGACACCCUCGGACAUGCCGGGGGAGGUUGCAGAAGCCAGGAAUUCGAGCCCCGAAGGAACGUUGGACUCCAGCUUAGGAAGGGAUGAAGAAAGUGACAUUGGACCGGAAAAGGGCAAGAGCAUCUUGCCAAUUGCCGAAGCUGUCGCUGAUGUAUAAAAGCGCAAAGAUUGUUGGGCCAACUGCAAAACCAGUGACCGUGACCUGCUUGAGGCGAGAAAUGGGCUCAGUCUGCGUCAUGCCCGUUGGUCCCUUGGUGGCCGAGCAACAAACUCGCAACAAGAUCAUGGAGGUCGGUUCUGGCUUUCGUCGUGGCUGUAGGAGACUGAUUUGGGACAAUGUACAUGCGAGUCUGGCGGUCUUUCCUGAAUGGUGUCCCACCACGUUGGUGGAGGAGAGAGCAUAGCUGCAUGGAACAGCUUGGAGUCCCGGAGGAACUGAGUCCACAUUAUCAAGAAUGAAAUGACAUGUCCAAGACAAUUUCUGAUAUACAUCAUUAGAAACUUGAAGCACUGCUUGCUGUUUUGACAUUGUAA